AUGCAUAGUGUAAAAUGGCAGCGCACUGCUCUGCUGCAGAGGGAGGCCUUCCUCUUACGUCAGCGCGUCUCCUCGCGCAUGCUCCGCUCGGCCCGUGCAGCCGUGACAAACAUGAGCGCGGAGAUGCGGGGACUGCUACCUUUCUCCCUGGGCCUUAGCGCUCUCCGGACCGGACAACAAGCUGCCAGGGCGGGCGGCUUCAAGUGCGAGCUUCACGGAACUCGGUCUGUAAACAAGGCACAGCCAACCUUUGGGCUGUUGUUUGACAUAGAUGGCGUCCUUGUCCGAGGAAGAAUGCCAAUCCCUGCUGCUAAAAAGGCCUUUUCGAAGCUAGUGGACUCAAAAGGACAGUUUGUGGUGCCCGUUGUGUUUGUCACAAAUGCCGGGAACUGCCUCCGACAGACUAAAGCCGCACAGCUCUCGCACAUUCUGGGGGUGCAGAUUACAGCGGACCAGGUGAUCAUGUCCCACAGUCCUCUGAGGAUGUUCAAAAAGUACCACAACAAGUGUGUGCUGGUGUCAGGACAAGGGCCGGUCCUGGAGAUAGCAAAAAAUUUAGGCUUUAAUAAUGUGACCAGUGUUGAUAUGCUGAGGGAGACCUUCCCCUUAUUAGACAUGGUGGACCACAACAGAAGACCCAAACUCCCAUCCACUCCCAUCAGUAAUCUCCCUCAGGUUGAAGCUGUGAUUCUGUUUGGGGAGCCCAUCAGAUGGGAGACCAACCUUCAGCUCAUCAUCGAUGUUCUGUUGACCGGGGGAAACCUGAGCCGGGUUCACCAAACGCAGAAGACUCCUCACUUGCCUUUGCUGGCCUGCAACAUGGACCUCAUGUGGAUGGCAGAGGCCCAUUCACCACGGUUUGGCCAUGGGACAUUCCUCGUUUGCCUUGAAAAUAUUUAUAAGAAGAUCACUGGUGAAGAGCUGAAGUACGAGGCCCUCAUGGGGAAACCGAGCGAGCUGACGUACCACUUUGCAGAGUACAUGAUCCGCUGUCAGGCCACGGAGCGGGCGUGGACCAGUCCCAUCACCUCACUCUAUGCCAUAGGGGAUAACCUCAUGACCGACAUAUACGGUGCCAACCUCUACAACCGCUACCUGCAGGAGCGACUCUCCCGGAAGAACCCCAAAGCCGUGGCGAAGCUGGCCACCGCGGCGGGAUCCACCACGGCCGCCAUUCCGCACGUGGAGGAGGCGGAGAACAUGUGGGAGAGCGAGUUCGCCUUGCCCUCCGCCACGUCCUGCAAGUCCAUCCUGGUCUGCACCGGAGUCUACAACCCCCAGGCCGAGGUGCCCCCCGACGCCAGCCAGUGCAUCCAGGAGACGGUCUUCCACGGCCACAGGGACUUCAGGUUCGACCCGGCGCUGGUGGAGCCGGGGCAGAUUGUGAACGACGUGUUGGAGGCCGUAGAGGCGGUCUUUGAGAAGGAGAAGUUUUUGCUUCAGUAG